GUUUCCACGUCGGACCCUUUUAUGGGUCGGACUCAGCCAGGCUGUGAAAAGGUUUGGCCAAUCGGUGGAGGGGAAGUAAGUUUUGUAGCGGGCAUCGUGUGGAUCCCCACAGGCCGGCUGAGAUAUUCUCAGGUCACCGAAAGGAGGCCCAUCGCUUCCCGAUGCCGAAGAGGGAGAGACACGUCUUGUUUGUCCUCCUCUCCUUGUCGUGGUGAGGGAACCUGCCCGCUCGGCCGGCGGAAGUAAAGAGAGGCCGCCGCAGGGAAUCUGCCGGCAGGGGGGAACUUUGACCUGGGAGCCUCUCGCCAUCUGCGACCAGCGCUAGGGAAAAGGGUCUUCGGUGGGGAGGACCACCGCCAGUCUCUUCGGCUUCUGAAGCAAAGCGGCGCUGGAUUACGUGUGUGACAUGUCCCCAGCCAUCUCCUCUAAGGAUAAUAGCCGGCAUCGCCGGCCAGGCAACUACCAGAACGCCUUGGAUGGGAUGCAGAGUAAGUCUGUUCCUCUAGAUUUCUAUGAAGAUGGCUCCGUGGACGCUGUCGAAAAAGAUGACAGGGAAGCGCUGCUUCAGGAGCCACAUUUCCAGCCAGUGGAGCUUCCCCAAAACUAUAGAGCAGAGUUUGGCAAUAUCCUGCUUCUUCUCUUCCUGUAUGUGCUGCAAGGGAUUCCUUUGGGGCUUGCUGGCAGCAUCCCCCUCAUCUUGCAAAGCAAGAAUGUCAGCUACAAGGACCAGGCUUUCUUUAGUUUUGUCUUCUGGCCUUUCAGUCUGAAGUUGCUUUGGGCUCCCUUGGUGGACGCUGUGUACUUCAAGAACUUUGGUCGCCGAAAGUCUUGGCUUGUGCCAACUCAGUACAUUAUAGGUCUUUUUAUGAUGUACUUGUCCGCAAGGGUGGAUUCUCUGCUUGGGGAGGUCGAUGGCCAAAGCCCAGAUGUGGUGGCACUUACUGUGACCUUCUUCCUCUUUGAAUUCCUAGCAGCCACUCAGGACAUAGCUGUAGAUGGCUGGGCAUUGACUAUGUUAUCACGAGAAAAUGUAGGCUACGCAUCCACUUGUAAUUCCGUGGGUCAGACGGCUGGCUACUUCUUGGGAAAUGUCUUGUUCCUGGCUCUUGAAUCACCUUCCUUCUGUAACAAGUAUUUACGUUUUCAGCCACAAGCCAAAGGAAUCGUUACACUUUCAGAUUUCCUCUUUUUCUGGAGUGCUGUUUUUUUAAUAACUACUACAUUGGUUGCGCUUUUGAAAAAGGAAAACAAGACAGUAACACCAUCAAAAGAAGAGACAAAAGGAAUCAUGGAUACAUACAAACUGCUUUUUUCAAUAAUCAAAAUGCCAGCUGUCCUUACAUUUUGUGCCCUGAUCUUAACAGCAAAAGUUGGUUUCUCAGCAGCAGAUGCUGUAACAGGUCUCAAACUGAUAGAAGAAGGUGUGCCUAAGGAACAUUUAGCUCUGCUUGCUGUUCCAAUGGUUCCGUUGCAAAUCAUACUGCCCCUGAUCAUCAGCAAAUACACCGCAGGACCAAAGCCCUUGAAUACGUUUUAUAAAGCCAUGCCAUUCAGGCUACUAUUUGGAUUAGAAUUUGCUCUCCUGUUUUGGUGGACUCCCAGAGUAAAGUAUGAAGGAGGAUUUCCAAUCUAUUAUUACAUUGUAUUAUUGCUGAGUUAUGCCUUACAUCAGGUUACUGUAUACAGCAUGUAUGUUGCUAUAAUGGCUUUCAACGCCAGAGUUAGUGACCCACUCAUUGGAGGAACGUACAUGACACUGCUUAACACAGUAUCCAAUCUGGGAGGAAACUGGCCAGCCACAGUAGCUCUGUGGCUUGUGGACCCACUUACAGUGAAGCAAUGUGUUGGAAUUCAAGGUCACAGCUGCGGGACUUCAGCUGCUACAGAGCUUUGCUCAAAAGAAGGUGGAACUUGUGCUAUUACUCUGGAUGGUUAUUAUGUGGAAUCCAUAACAUGCAUAGUAUUGGGAUUUGCUUGGUGGCUGUUUCUUGGGCCCAGACUGAAAAGGCUGCAGGAUGAGCAACCGGCGUCAUGGAAAUGCAGAAGAAUCAGUUAAUGAAAAUGAAAUAUCACAAAAGACUGACUAAAAUGGCUAUAGCUUUGUCAUAUGACAAAUGUACAAGAGAACAAGUAUCCACACUAAAAACGGUCAAUUUAUACAUGCCAAAUGACUUUACAAAAGCUAAAGUCAAGUUAAGUACUGUACGGAUCAAUUAUAAAGUUUGCCCUUCUUACCCUUAAAGUUGUUUUUUAAAUUACUUUAUAAAAACAUUUAAAAUCUGUUACUAUUCUAAAUUACAGUUAUUGUCUUUCUUUUAUGUCCUUAAAGUUACCUUUGAAGAAAAAAAAUAUCCUUAAAGGAACUUACAAUAAUUUUAAUUUAUAAUAAAUACUGAAUCUACCUGGUUAAAAUACUUUAGAAAGAAAAAAAGGUUUAUAUGUAUGUACAUGUUUUAUAUUGCUUACCGUAAUUCUAAAUAGGUCAAAACAAUGAGGAUAACAGAUUCUAUCUUUCUUUUGCCUUGCUCCUAUGAAAUUUAAAGAUUUAUAAAAAAAAAUAAUAUAUUUUUGAUAGUGAUAUGCUUUUUUUUUUCUUUUAAAGUUCAGAUUUGGUACAGUACUAAUAGUUUACAGCAUAAAUAGCCCCAAGCCACAGAGGCAUAUUAAUUGGUUCUGAAGUUUUUCAAAAUAUUAGAAUCAGAUAUAAAAUUGAUGAAAAGAGUUUGCACAUGAAAAACCAAACUUAUGGUUUAUGAAGAAUGGAGAAUACUCUUUUUUUUUUUUUUUUUUGCGUAUGGGACCCAAAUAGGACUAAGCGGAAUAUUUAGUGCCUUCUGGAAACAAGUUAUGUAAGAUGGUGAUCAAAUAUCUGUACUGUUAAAUUUUAGCAUAUAAGUGUCAUUCUCAUAAGAUAUACCCAUUUCUGCUGAUGUCAGGAAUCUAAGUAAUUGUUUCAAUGAACACUAGAGGACAUUUUUUAGACUGAUGAUAUAUAAUAUAAGGUAUAUCAUAUGGAAAUGGGCUCUGUAUAGCAUUUGAUGUAUUGUAUACAUCUUUCAUAUGAACAUUUAUUCAAAAAUAAAAUGGUGUCAUACUUUUGACACUAGGGAGAAAUAUUGAAGCCCUCAUACCAGGGAUAUAUACUGUCUCAGUUUUACUCAUUAUUUCAAUAAGUCAGUUCUUUCUGAAAUUGACAUUUUUGAUUCCAUGUGAAUCUUUUUAUGAUUUACACUGUUUUGUUUGAAGCUCUUUUCAGAGUGAAUAAAUUUUAAACUUCUAAUAUUUAUGUUAGAAAAUAUAUAUUUUAAAAUACACACAGAUGUGUGUUGCAAUGAAAUGAAGAGGAAAUAAUUCAAAGAAAAUAAAAAUAAGGUUAUUUUUCAAAUACAUUUUAACCUUAUCAAGAUAACCUUUUGUGUUUGCUUGACACUUCUGUUAGAAUUUGCGAUAGAAAUUCUGACAUGCUGCUCUGAGAUACUGAUAACAUAUAAUUGAAAUAGUAUAAUAUGUUAUAUUAUAAAAUAUAGUAAUAAUCAGAUGAGCAAUCAAAUUUGGUAACUUGAAUGAAAACUCCAUAGUGCUCACAAUAAAGAGACUUCAUUUUCAUUAAUACUUUACAACCAUUUGAUUUGGAUUUCCUUAAAUUUGGUUUAUUUUUAUUGCAAAAAUUAGCACAAAUACAAUAACCAUAAUUAAUGGUUUUAAUAAAUAUAGUGAAUAUGCUCGAAUAUGAAGGCCAGAGAAAGGUGGCUAGAGAUGAGACAAUAGGAAAGGAGAAAUAUUUAAAAUAAUUAUUCUCAGGAUUUCCUUCUUCCAGAUAAGAGUUCUGUUAAAACAUUAGUUGUUUCUAGGCCUUUUCAGCAGGGGCAGGGCUUUCUUCUAAGAAAAACUGUAUAACCAGGAGUAUUCACCAUCAGUGAUGAAAUAGCCUUUUUAUGUUUUCCUAUUCUGUAUUACUGUUAAUACAAUGUGCCAAAAUAAAUAAGGAUUAUCCAUUUAAACAAAACUCUAGCAAUGUAAAAUAAACUAUGUAAAUUGAUAAAAUUCAGAAUCAAUAAAGUUAAGUUUUUAAGAAUAUGAGAUUUGAAAUAUCACCUGAAUUAUAAAAGUUGACAUUAAAAAAAAAUGUGUUCAAGGAGACUGGGGGUGAUGUUUCUCAAACAGCAUUCUCCUUUCCACAAGCAUUAAACUCACUUUUGAAAUGCAAAAAUAAGUUUAAAAUAAUUAUUUUAGUCUUGAUAGCCAAAUCUAAAUCCAUGUCUUAUGCUCCUCAAUCUAAAAAAAAGCCCAGCUUGUGAGAUACGGCAUUGUCCUAGGGCUUUUAUAUAUUUUGUAUGUGGUUGCUUUAGAUCUUAGUACACAAUCAGAAUAUGUUCCAGGUAUGUCCCGCACAGAUACAAAUUAAGCAAUUAUUUCUAAAUACAGUUUUCAAGGCUUUAUACAAACACAAAAACACAAAUAUAUUCAAAUUUCAAGGGAGGCUUACUAUUAGCCUCGCUUCUAAGAGUCAUGGGUUAAAGCUUUUUUAAAUUUUACUUUUAGGCACUAAUUACUGAUGUACAACAGUGUCCCCAAAUCUUUACUCAUAUAACCUGGGUAAUAUUUCUAUUUUUGCAGUAUAUAUAGGGUAAAUAUACUAUAGGCUAUCAUAAGUUAAAGACAUGUUUGUGUGUUUUUAACCUGAACCAAUAUUAAAUGAGAAUUAAGUAUAGGUAGUAAAAGCUGAGAUUUGGGGGAGGGGCGGGGGGAGGUUUUGUGCUAGUUCAUAUAAUUUCUGUGCAGACUCCAAAUGAAGUAAGUUGGUUGAGAAAUAUUCUGGUGGUUUUUUUACCAAAGUUUGAUUAAAUAAGUUACUGAAUUGGAAUAAAUAACAUUCAGCAUCUCGUACAUCUAAUAAUUUCAGCUAAAUUAUUAAAUGAGAAAACGCUGGUAACAACUUUUAGAUAGGAACAAUCAAAUAUAAUUACCUCAAUAAAAAGAAAACAUAUGAUCAUAAAUUUCAAAAUCAGGGAUUUUUAAAAUAGUAGCAAUCUUGUAUCAAAGGCGAAACUUGUAAAGAAUGAUUUGAAUUUCGAUGAGAAUGUUAUUUGGUAAUCGAGGCUUAAUUUUUUUUAUCUUGCAACUUAAAUCAGCAGUCUGCCACUAUCUAUUCUGGUUUGCAUUAUUAAGAUUUAUAAAGUUAGGGUUUGUUUUGUUUGUAUUAGUUACCCAUGCCAUGCUUUUAUUCUGCCUUGAUAUUAUGAAGACUUCAUUUUCUUCAAAGUUUAAUCAAACAUGACUUGAAAAAUAGCGGGCAGUAUAUUAUUUCCCUUGGUUUGCAUACCCUAUAAAAUAACUUGAGGGAAAACAGAAUACAAUCAAAUCUAUUCCAUGUAAUUUUAUGAGUUGUGAAUGGUUAUUGAAGAAAAGCAUUCUCAAAUAUUAAAAAUUUAUUUCUAGUUAUGAACAGUUUAAUGAUGGGUAGUAACUCUGAAAAUAUUUUGAUGAAUGAAAACGUAUAUAAUGUAUAUUUUGGAAAAAUUGAUAAUUGAGCUUUGAGGGGGUUCAGUAGUAGAGCAUAAAAUCAGAAAAUGCACUUACAAGCACACUUUAAAAAAAACUUUUGAACUAACUGUUAAGCACCUUGAAGAAACUGCUGGUCUUUUAAGUUCAAAAAUGGUUUACUUCAAAAAUAAAUUCAUGAUAAUUUAA